GUUGUAUUGGUUCACUUCCUUUUACCAAACUAGUCACUUCGUCAUUAUGUUGGUGACGCUAUGUAUUGUCACCCUCAUAGGGGCUCUUCGGAUUAACGAUAUACAUGGAUUGCCAAUGAAAGAUUGCGAUGUGGCGGGAGAGUAUAUCCGGGAUGUUACCAGUAUCUGUUCUUACUACGUAUGCACCCCAGAGGGAUCCUUGACCAACGUCAAGCCACAAAAGAUGUACUGUGGCCCCAACACUGGUGUUCCCCAAACCUUCACCAAUGGAUACGAGGGAUCACCUUGUACGGUUCAUGGGCAAGGAUGUGACAACGCGCAAAGUUUCAGGGACCAGUUGAUGGCUGGUGUCUCAAACAUGCGGCGUCCCGUCACAGAAGCUCCAAGAGAUAUCCCAUACCAUAUCCGUCAACAGAUCUAUGCCCAGAGUGCUCGCCAGGAUUGGUCUCAGGCAGAGCCAGAACCAGAGCCCGAACCAAUGAUGGAUGAAUUCGGACGUUACAUCGACGAACCUAAAGCUGAGCCAGUUGAUGCAUUUGGACGCUACAUCAACGAACCUAAAGCUGAGCCAGAGGAUGCAUUUGGGCGACUCAUCAAUGACAACAGUUAUAGAAUGGUAGAGGAACCAGUUGCAGAGCCAGAGAAUAGCAGAGAUUCGAUGUACUCUAACUACAUGGAGAACAGCAAGCAGGGCAUGUAUAUGUACAGCAAGGAAAACAAGGAUGCCGCCUACAGACCUAUGACGACACCACCUCCCCGUAAACCCACAUCCCCUCCCCCUAGACAAAAUGAAAGAUCUCAUAACUCCAGAGCAGUUGUUGCAUCAUUUAACAACUCAUUUGUGUUCGGGGGUACUGAACAAGCCGUAUCAACACUCAACGCCUGUAUCUUGGCAUGUGAGACAACUGCUGGCUGCGUAGCACUCGACUUCAACAGCAACAGCAAUGGAUGCUGGCUGCAUUUUGACAUUCCGAACGCAUGUAACAACCUCAUGAGCAAAUCUGGCUGCGCCCAUUACAGAUUGAUUGACUGCACAUUUGUUCCUGAGGCUAGCUCAACAUACGCCGGAAACCACAUCUUCGGCGGCACUGCAAACUCUGCCACAACUCUUGCCGGGUGUCUGGCCGCAUGUACCGGCACAUGCACAGCCAUUGAUUUCAACUCAAACACAGGGGGCUGUUGGACUCACACUGCUACUACUGCAUGCAACGCAUUCAGCGCAAAGGCUGGAUGUACGCAUUAUAAGAGGUCCCCUUGUACCACAGCUUUAACAUUCCUGGGUUCAUUUGCUCUCGGAGGAACCAAGAUGUUGAGAAUCAAGGACCUUACCAAUUGUUUGAACUUCUGUGUGGCACCAGACUGCCUGGCCAUUGAUUUCAACUCUAUUACUAACAGUUGUUUCCAUCAUUCCUCUGCUAGCUCUUGUGGCACACUCUUCAGCUCCGAUGGUAUAGCACAUUACAAGAAGGUCGACUGUGCAACAGGGGUCACAAUUGCAUCACCCACAACUGUCACGGUAGCGCCAACCACAUCGACCACCACUGCCACAACAAUCUCCACUGUUUCAACAACAGCCACCCCGACUACAACCGCCACUCUAUUCUACAAUCAGUUGGUGUUCGGGGGCACCCUCCAGACUGCCUACGACAACGUUGAUGCCUGCCUUUUGGCCUGUUUCCUUGACAGCACAUGUGUGGCUAUUGAUUUCGACAUAAGGGUUAAUACAUGUUAUUUCCACACAAAUGCAUCUGCAUGUGGAACAUUGAAUUCAUUGACCGGCGUUAGCCAUUACAGAUUCAUCAAUUGCACUGAUGGAUCUAGUUCAUCCGUAACAGUCAGCGUGGGGGGUACGACAACAGCCGUUCCCGCGGGUGUCAUCGGGGGUGUCUCCGUAUACCCUGGAAGUUUGAUAUUCGGAGGAACCCAGUCACUUACAAAUGUGACAGCCACCGAGUGUAUCAACUACUGUCAAUCUACGUUAGCAGGGUGUCUUGCAAUUGACUACAACAAGAAUGACAUGUCCUGUUGGACACACGAUUUCAACACAGCUUGUAAUGUACUUGGGUCAAUCAGCAACAUCGAUCACUAUAAAUUUUCGUCGUGCCCCGGUUAUACAGAUGGGGCAACUGUAACUAAUACUCCAACUGUGACAUCAACCACGGCUGCAGCUACAACUACAGUUGAAACAUUCACUCAAUGUGGAGUUCAAUCCAUUAGGUCAGCUUAUGAUGGCAUUAGGAUUGUCGGAGGGGUUGAGGCAACGCCCAACAGUUGGCCCUGGCAGGUAGACCUCCUGCUCCUUGGAGCACAUUUUUGUGGAGCAACCCUGAUCAGUGACACUUGGAUCCUCACUGCCGCCCAUUGUGUCUUCGACGCACAGAUUACAUCCUUCUACACUGCUGUUCUCGGCCAGCAUGAUCAGAACUCGGUCUCCGGUAACGAAGUCACCAGAGGUAUCUCCCAGAUCAUUAUCCAUGAGAAUUACAAUCCAACGAGUGGAAACGCGUUCGAUUUCGACGUUGCUGUUCUGAGGCUCUCUGAAUCCGUUACGCUGUCUUCAAGAAUCAAAACGUGUUGUCUUGCGUCCGCCACUCCCGCAGCAGGGACUUCAUGUACUGUUACUGGCUGGGGAAACACAGAAGGUACUGGGGACAACACCAAACUCAACCAGGUUGCAGUUCCCCUUUACGAUAAUAGUGUGUGCAACGAUAACUUCCAUUACGGUGGCCUCAUUACCAAUAACAUGGUCUGUGCUGGAUUUGACAUCGGUGGAAAGGAUUCUUGCCAAGGCGACUCGGGUGGCCCUCUGGUGUGCGAAAGCUCUGGUGUCUACUCUUUGGUUGGAGUAGUAUCAUGGGGAUCUGGUUGUGCUGAACAAUUCAAACCAGGCGUCUACACUCGUGUGUCUGAAGUCAGGUCAUGGGUUACCGGCAAAACUGGUGUGGUUUAAACAAUAUUACACAGGACACUAUUUAUUCCGAUUAUUUAUAAAAUGAAAUGUAAAAUGAAAUAUCAAUAUGUAGCAGUAUAACUAGGCCCCUUUAUGCUGGAAUGCUUUUGCUUUAAAUUGUACUCCUCAUCGGUUCGCUGUUUACACCAAUUGCAAUGUUUUUUUUAUGAAUAUACGUUGUGCAAGACGUUUUCACUUAUUUCUGUUUUAUUCAUUUUCAUUUGAGAUUCGUACAACUUACGAUUCUUAAGAUUAUUUUUUUUAUAAAUGACUUAUUUGUGUUAAUGCUGUGACAUGUUUAUUGUAAAUCAG